AGAAAAGCAUUGGCUGGAUGGGACUUCAGGGAUCAUUUAAGCCAGCCUUUUUCUCUGAAGAAGGAAUAGUUUAUUUAGAUUAUUCAUGAACUACGUUCUGAAGGAGGUUUCAUCUCUUCCCAAGGUGAUUCAUAUCUUCUGAGAUCUGACAUAUGAUAAGUCCCUCAGGACUGGGCUGUUCAAGUCAAACAGAGUUUUAUCCUGUCACAAGUUUUGUGCAGGAAAAGGCAAAUGAAUGAUGAAUCACUUCAUGGUUCUGGCAGUACUGCUUCCCCUGAUGACUUGCUACACUACAUACUCACAGCAAGAAUCCAUUGUGUUUCCAGUAACAUACCUUAAUGUUUCCAAGGAUUUGGCUCUUCAGCAGCUGCUGGUGGAAUGGGAUGUUGGCAAGUCAGCACAUGAUGCUGAGCUGACCAUGUCUUUUGAAAUACAAGUCUGUCGAACAGAUGAAACUACUACGGUGUGGACAGAGUUCCAUAAUGUCACACUUAAUAAAUCAGAAAAGCCUCUUCACUGGAGAUGGGAUUCAGAUUUACCUUUGGAGUGUAUGUCACAUUCAGUGAAGAUCAGGAGCAAAGCAGAAGCAUCAAAAAUCUGGAGUCAGUGGAGUGUGUGGGAGACUGUCCCGGGCCUGGACACUUCAAAUAACAGUGGACCACAAAUCUUUCCAAAUGAAAAAAUUGUAGAGGAAGGCUCUGACAUCAUGCUUUGUUGCAUUGCAAGGAAAGGUCAUAUCAUUAAGGAAUUCUUUCUAGACCCACCUGUUCAUGUUUUCAACCACACAAAUGGUCAAGUUGGACUUCUCACUGUAAAAAAUGUGGCACAUCAAGAAGUGCCUCACAUCUCUGCCUACUGUAUGGAGUCUUGCAAUGAAGAACAGUGCUAUGAUCAUGCAGUUUACAUUGUUGGUAAACCACCUGAUACACCUAAAUAUUUUUCCUGCCAAACCCAAGACAUGAGAAUAGUAACAUGUACUUGGAGCCAAGGUGGAGACACCAAUCUUUAUGGACGUCAUUCACCAAAAUACACCUUGUCUGAAGAGUUUUCCAAACAAACAGUUCCGUGCACAGUAAGUUGUUCUGAGCAGUGCUCGUGUUCUUGGGAUGUAGGCCAGCAGAGGAUCUGUAAUAUCACAGUGACUGUGGAAAAUCCGCUGGGAAAGAAAACUGCCACGGAUGUUUUUGAUGUAACUCACAGAAUUUAUCCUGCUGCACCUUUCCAGCUGUGGGAAGAAUACACAGAUACUGAAAUCACAUUAUAUUGGAAACAUCAAAACAAAGGAAUUGAACUCUUUUGUCAGACUGAAGUGUUCCAGCCUGAUGGGAAAGUAGAACUGCACAAUAGCUCAGACACACAUCUCCAUUAUGCCAGCAUCACCCUGGGUGGACUGCAGCCAUAUACUACAUAUGCAGCUAGAGUACACUGUGGGGCAGCUAAGCAUUUCUGGAAGUGGAGUGAAUGGAGUGAAGCCCGAUCCAUCACAACAAAGGAAGCAACUCCGUCAGGGAAACUGGACAUCUGGAGACAAAUUACACCUGUUCUGGGGGGACGGAAUGUGACCUUGUUCUGGAAGCAAGCACCAAGUUUUCGAGCAAAUGGAAGAAGUAUUUCAUAUGAAGUAAGCUGGGAAAAAGUAGAAAAUGGUUCUAAGCCUGAAAGCAUCUCCUUUUCAUCUGUCUACAAUAGCACAAGGAUUUCAAUUGAUAACCAUUCCUACAGAAUCAGUAUCGUGGCAAAGAACAAUGUUAAUUAUUCACUUCCUUCAGUACUGAUCAUCCCUAAAGCUACAGGCACUGAAGAGCUUAAAGAACGGGUUAAUGGUACAGAUGAUGGCAUUUUUAUUUCCUGGGAGCCCAGACAUAUAUAUGACAGUUAUGUUAUCGACUGGUGUAACUUUCCAAUGUUGCAGCCUUGUGAUUUCCAGUGGAAGAGAUUUGGGCCCAACACUUCCAGUGCUCUGAUCAACUCAGCUGCGUUUGUUCCAGGCGUGAGAUACAACUUCCACAUCUAUGGAUCUGUUGCUAAUAGAGCCUUCUUACUGGCAAAGAAGACUGGUUAUCUCAGGGAGCUACCUCCUCUGCUUGACCCUGUUGUGGAAAAAGUUGAACUGACUUUCAAUGCAGUAACACUAUCUUGGGGUUCUUAUCCCACAAAUGAGUCACAGCCUGGUUUUGUAAGAGGCUACCAUGUUUAUGUGUCGCCUAUACAUGAGGACUGCAGUUUGAAAGGAUCCAAAAAACAUGUUCUUCCAGAUGAAUCAGUGCUAUGUAAAUACACAAUUGAAAACCCAGAAGAAAAGAGAUAUACUGUGAAACACCUAUUGUCAAACACAAAAUACAAACUAGUGGUUAAAGCAUACACAGGUGGAGGAGAGACUCCCAUUGUUAACUUUAGAUACAUCGAUACACCAUUUAACUCAAACAUGCUGUACCUUCUAGUCCUGCUAGUGAUAGUUCCAUCACUAGUAGCAGCUAUAUGUCGCUGGAAGAUGACAUGGGUGAAGGAGUGCUGCUGUCCUGUAAUACCUAGUCCUAACAAAAGCAAAGUGUUGUCAUUCAAAGAGUUUAAGAUUGGUUCUGAGAAAGUAUUGAAAAUAAGUGACACCAUUCCUGACAUGCUGGCAGUGGACAGUAAGGCUGAAGCCCAGAAAUUACAUCCAUGGAGCCAGCUGUCUUCAACAUCUACAGAAGAUAAGAUUGAUGGUCACAACUCUUCCUGGAUUUACCCUAAUGAAAACGAAGAGAGAGACUUUAUAUCCACACCUACACCUCAGACUCAUACUUGUUUUGAAAAUUUUGCUUAUUCUUCUCAUCUUGCAGUUGAAUCUGACCCCUAUCAAAUACCAGAGAGACUACAAGCAAGCCAGCCAGAAUUGUCAGUAGUGCUGUACCAGCCACACUACUACAUUGAUAUUUUUAAUGAAGAUGCUGCCUCAACACCCAGAGAAACAGCUGGCAGAAAGACCAGUCCAAGAUACAUUUCACAAACAGAUGUGCACUGCCUAGGGAGGAGGUUUUGAUGUAAUCUCCUCCAUUAAGUAAGUCCACCCAGUGUUUUAUUACACAAUACAAAUAAGAAUUUCUAAAACCCUGACAACUUUCUCUGAUGAAGGCUUUCACAAGACCAGAUGCACUACUUCUGUUAACACUGCAAAGCUUUUGCUUCAGGACUAGUUUAAAAAUACUGACUUGUGCACAGGAAGGAUGCAUGCUAUGGUUUCAUCACAAGUUAUAGGCAUACAGAAUAUUUACAGCCUGUUUUGUGGCCUGUAUGAUGUAGGUUAGAUCACAGCAGUUUCUCAUAGCCUGAUGCAAAGAAAUACUCUAUUUUGCAGAUAUUAAAAAUUUAUUCAAAGUAGAGGGGCAAGUUAAACAAGCAGGUAGGUUAUUGUGCUCAAGGAGUGUAUUAUUUCACUUGCAGUAUUCUGUGGGUGCUUACUAUGUCCUCUGGCCAGCCCCAGCUAGUGUGUAUUGUGAAUGGGCCAUUAUCCAGCUUUGGAGUCUGCCUCAGCCCAGUAACGUGGCAGGUGGGUUGUUUUUUUUCUCUCAAAUGAUGUAAGGAAUCAACAGGGAAGGGUUAUCCAAAUUCAGGGUGGCAUGUUACUGAAAGAUCAGAGGAACUUUUACUUCUCUACGAGUGCUACUCUGUGCACCAAAAUCCAAUGAUUGUCUUGCUUUUACUUCACCUGUCUUCUAGCUACACUUGGUGGUUGUAAGAGUGCAGAAAACAGAUUUUUGUAGUACAGUCCCCUGGUAGUAGGCUGCUGCUCCCAUUUCUAGCAAUUGGGGCUCCUCACACUUCUGACUUCUCUGCCUGGAAGAAUGACCCUUUACUAUCCUAAACAAAAUCCUUAUUACUAAACAAAGAAAUAGGGGAAGUUAAGUGGAAAGGAACUAUUAUUCCAGCAGGACAACUAUUUGCAGAGGUGUUAUCACAGCACAAAAUAAGCACUUCUCAAAAGGAAAAAAAUGAACCGUUCAGCUGAUUUGUUAAAAUGCAGUUACUCAUCUUCCCUGUUUAACUAGGUAAUCACACUUCCUAAAAACUAAGCAGCUGCAGACAGAAUGAGUUAUGAUACUAGACCACAUAUGGGUUUUAUACUGUUCUUACGGACACUUAAAGUGUUGUAAUGUCCAUGAGCUGGGUUGCAACAUGAAAACCAGUAAGACUUUGCAUAGGCUUUGGCUGAGACAAGCACUGACUGGAAACAGGGGGAGAAGUCUUCAGGCAGGCAAAGGGUGAGGUACAACCACACAGAUGGCUAACUGUGGUUAGAAGUAUCCAGUCAAACCACACUGUGGUGUUCAUGUGUAGGUCACACAGAUUUACUUGAUAAGGAGAAAAAAAAUAAUGCAGUAUAGUCCUUCCUUUCUGCCAUCAGACAGUGGAGUAAGGAAACAUGGCUGGUAACGUUGAGCUGAACUGCAGCUUGACAGAGAACUGGAAAGUAAGAGAGGAGGCUGAUGUUAUUCAAUGAAGAUAUCCCAGAGAAACUGUUCUCUUUUUACAUUACUCUCCUUCGAGUUACAGUGAAUUUGAAAAUUGAUACCAUAGCAUAUUUACAACUUAGAACACUUCUGAAUCCAAAGCGUUUCAUCACAUGUACCUCAGUAAUUUAAAUGUUUUACUGCUGGAAAAAAGGCCAAUAAACAGAAGGGAGCUGUUUUACCACUACCAAAAUAAAGCUUCCAAGCUGUGCAUUUCAAAAAAAGGCCUGUUUAUUUAAAAAGAUUUGAAAGGUAUCCUAAAUCAAGAGUUACUCAUCUAAGGAAUUCCGAUACAGAGGUCAGUCAAAAACAUCUGACUAUCUUAUGAAACAUUCUAAAUUUCAACAUGCUGCAGUUCGUCAUGCCAGAAGGCAGCUGUAUUAAAGUACAAAUUCCUAAUUUCAAAAAAGCUGCUGUCACUGGGGCUUGGCUGUGGUAAUUCAGCCCAGGGAAGGAGGGAAGGGGGUGUGGCAGGAGGUGAUGUAGUUGUGCCUUCCCAGUGGUGGGGUGAGACACACUGGCUGGUGGACAGUCACUACCUCAGGUCCCUUGGUCUUCCCUAGGGAUAUCCUGCACUGAUGAAACUUCAUUAUCUGGAAGCAAGGAAACACUUCACUAGGUACCAGACUGCUUGGCAAGGUGAUGAGAAGUUAGCUCCUUUCCACCUAUAAACCUUUCUGCUUGCUGGCCCUGAUGAGUGGUGUUUCAUGAUACCACCUCUGCUUAAAACCACACAAACAGAGGAUUCCAAGGAGGAUAAUGACUUUGUGCUACCCAAAGAGUACAGUCCAGGCACUAGACCUAAAGAUUAGAAAAGUAUUUUUCCAUGGGUGGAUAGGCAUAUGUAAUUUUUAUGUAUUUUUAAGACAUCUGUGUCUUGCAUUAAUAGUUGAAUGAGUUCAAAAUUGUAAACUAUCAUUAUUCUUGUUUAUAAUUCAACUUUCACAGCUGUUAAAAUGCUAAUACUUAAAACUAUCACCUAAUGGAAAAUUAUUAGUUCUCAAUAUCAGUAUGCUGAUAUUGAGAACUAAUAUUUAAAAUAAAAAUAGUAUACAGCCUAUUAAAAGAGUCUCUUUCUAUGUUUGUAAGACAUCCUACAAAGCCUUAAUGUAAAAUAUAUUUUUGACAAGUGCUUAUUUGGAAAGCUUCAGGUUGUUAUAGUUAAUUAGUAACUUACAAAUAUAAAUAAAAUUCAACCUACUUCUAGUGCUGAGAGGUACAUAUCAGACCAGAACAACUGUAAGAAGUUUAAGUACAUUUUAUUAACAAUUCAUCCCUUUGUAAGAUUAUGCUUCAGGAGGCUUUUAAUGCCCAUUGACAUGAACUGUACACACUAUACAGAAAAAAA